CUUUACGGUUAACGGCGAUGAUUCACGGUGUAGAGGCGCAAAUGGAAGGGAAGCGACUCAGCGCGGCUCAACACCUGUAGCUUGACGCUUGAAGCUAGCUCGCAGCUCCGGCUGAAUCAGCGAUAAACCGAACCAACAGAGCCCGCUAGGACGCCCAGUGUGGGGUUUUGUUUCCGAGGAGCGACUUUCCCGGUGUUCCCUCAACAAGCAGGAGCGCCAUGACGGUCCGCUUCAAGAGUGAGUACCAGAAGAGCUACGGUGUCCCUCGCUCCAGAAGCGUGUCGCCUCAGCACUGCCGCCCACUGGCCGGACUCCGCCCUGAUCAGAACCGGAUCAGCAGACCUCUGGGUCUCCAACGACUGAAGAGACCCGGUCCAGCCGAGUCCGGUAACUUCCUGCCUGGUUCUCCAGCAGAUCCAGUUGGCAGAGCAACGCCCUCUACUGGCAGGAAAGAUUCUCCAGUUUCUAAACCACCAAAUGUUUCUGGAUCGGAACCAGAACCUGGAUCCAGUCCAGUAGCUGAUGGAAAAUCCGUGAAACUCCGCCCCUUUGAGCCCGGCGGACCUGCAGAACCCGAGCAGCAGCAGGGACACCAGGUCGACAAGACGUGGGGUCAGAGGUCAGAGUACCACAGGCAGUUUGGCUGGAAGAAGCCUGUACCUGCAGCAUCACCAUUACUGACAGCAGAGCAGGUGUUGCACUCCAGCAGCAGGUCCAUCCCGCCCUUUAAGAAGAACCCCGUUCCCAUGGAAACGGAGUACCGCCGGAGCUUCCACGGUCUGGACCCGCCUUCCGGUCUGCGCCUUCGGAGAAAUCUGGGACAUCCGGUGUUUCACACAUACAGGACUCACAGAAGGAAAAGUUUGGAUGGACAGAGUAAUGAACUUCCUGUCAAACAGGAAACCGCUCAGGGCAACGAUGGGUCCCGGUUGCCCCUGACGACGGCCCUCCCGCCCGCUCAGGUGCGGAGGAGACACAGGAUGUUGACAGAGUAUCAGUCCAGGUUUCGUUCUCCUCUCUGCAGGAACCCAAAAGGGGGCGGGGCCACGGACGACCUCACCGAGCAGGUGAAGGAGCGCAGGCAGCAGGCCCAGGCGUACCGACGCAGAGCCUGGGGAACCAACUUCUCCAGGGACCAUCUGAGCCAGCUGCUGUCCGAACACAACGCUCUGUGGGAGCCCACCGACUCCCACUCCGACCCCUCCACCCCACCACCCAACCGUGACCUUUCACCUGAGCCGGACAGCCGCAGGGCUUCCUGCGUAGAAGCCCUGGACCUGGCCAGUAUGUCCAGUAGGAGGUCGUCAGUCAGUGGAGGAAAAACUGAGAGAAACGGUGGGAGGGAAACGCCGCCAGGACCCGGAGCUGAACGCCACACAGCCUGGGCAGAAGAAGAAGAAGAGACGGAGGAAGAGGAAGGAAGGUUACCGACUCCCAGACUGAAAACGAGGCCAGUUCAGAGAACCCACCACGACCUGACCACACCUGCCACAGGGGGCGCUAUACUUGUUGGAAAACCGACCAACAGGGAUGAUUCUUCUCCUAUCAAACAAAAGCAGAAAUUCACUUCACCAGAAUUUGGGUCAGAGGUCGGUGUCAACAAGCCAGUCAAACUGAAGGAGGCGUGGCCAGAGAACUCCCCCAUGUCUUUAAACCCCCCUCCUACCAACCAACAGACACCCAGCCCUCGGCCUCAACCAAUCAGGACGAAGCAGGUGCCUCCGUCUCCAGUAGCCCCGCCCCCUCCGGCCUCCCCGCCGCAGCAUGGGAUCCAGGGAAUGUUGAGACACCCGGACUUCCAGCACAACGGUGAUUUGGGUUUGAGGUUCAGGGAGCUGCCAUGUUCCAGAGGAGGCUGCGGUUCUGAUGAAGACGACCGACUGUCGGUGAUGUCAUGGCGCUCGGCGGCUUCGUGCUCGGCAGCGUCCGCCGUCUUGGAGCGCGCUCAGAAGAGACGGGAAGACUUCUGGGGAAAGAGAUGAUCCUAAACUCAAACGUUGUAGAAAUAGAAAUCUUUAUUUUUGUAGCAAAUGUGAAUUAUUUUUAACAGAAUUGUUUUUAUCUUAAGUUUUGAAGUAGAGGACAGCAGGACUUCUCUUGCUUGUGGCUGAUUUCACACCCAAAGUGUUUCGUUUGGGUAAAACUGCUUCCUGUCUCGGUGCGACUCGGCUGCAGGACCAUCGCAAGCCGGAGCGAUUUGUUUAUAGUGAGAAUGUAAUGCAGAGUUUGAUGGUAACUACACUGCAAAAGCACAAAACAAAUUGUUUUUGUCUAGUUUCUAGUGCAAAUAUCUUAGUACACUUAAAACAAAACAAAACUGAUGAGCUUGCUUUAAGUCAAUAAUUCCUUAAUAUUGAUUAUUUCACUUGUAAGUUGUUGCAUUAAGUCACAUAAUCUGUCAGUGGAACAAAUUAAUUUUCUUAAAUUUUAAGGAAUCAUUUACUUAAAAUAAGCUCCAAUUUUCUGCUAAAAUGUAUUUGUAAGUUAGUUUUAUCUGUUUAGAAAUAAUUUGAAACUUGACACUUGGUCAGAUGUUUGCAGUGCACCAACAUUUACUUUAUACUGUUUUUAUAUUCUAUCAUGAAGUAUCUUUGAGUAACUUCACUGAACGAAAAACAAACUUGUUUUAACCAAAAAUAUAAACAAACAUGCAGCUUUUCUUGAUGUUUAACGAGUUUUAAAUCAAAAGAAUUUGAUUUCGUUUGUCUGAUUUUAUUAUUAUUAUGCUAUUUAUAUGAACUAUUUUCAUUAUUUUGACCAAUUGAAAUCCCAGAACUUCCACAUAUCAUUAAAGUCUUAAUGUUUUAAUCAUUUAAUAAGAUUUAAAAAGUAAAAAAAAACUUUUACUCGUUUGAGUUAUUUUAUGGACAGUUACUUUUUACUUUUACUUGAGUAAAAACAUGUUGCAGUAAAACAACCAAUAAACUCAGCUGAACUCAGGUGUGAAAUCAACAGAAAGACAUAUGAAUGUGAUAUAUUUGUUUGUGUUGUACCUCCUACAUACCAACAAUCUCCUGAUUGGUUUAAUUUAUUCAAUUUCUUCUAUUUUCUAGAUUUGCAGAUUUGUUUCUUGUUUCCUGACAGUUCUUUGUAACGGUUCUUUUCUUUUCCGUUCAGUUUAAUUGAUUGUGAUGUACCAGGGAAAAUGUAAUGCAAAAUAGCAAAGUUGAAGGAAAAUUACUCAAUUAAAUUAUUUUUUUUAUCAAUA